GGAUCUUCGGAUGCUGAAGUUCAAAAACAAAUCUCGUGCAGCUGAAAUCUCUCAAUGGAUAAACACUCAUCCUCUUUCUCUUUGCUUCAUUUUUCCGAUUCUUUUUCCACUCCAGGAUCAUAGGAGGCUAUGGCGAUUACCAAGGUGAAAGAGCCAGUUUGUGUGACCGGAGCCAAUGGGUUCAUCGGAUCUUGGGUCAUCGGUACGCUGUUGGAAGCCGGUUACACUACCAUUCAUGCCUCGAUCUUCCCCGGCUCCGAUGCUUCCCAUUUGAUCAAUCUCCAGGCCUCCGCUAACCCUAAUGCUACCCUUCGGAUUUUCGAAGUGAACGUAAUGGACGGCGAGGCUGUGGCCAGGGCUGUGGAAGGCUGCAAGGGCGUAUUCCACAUUGCGUCACCCUGCACGCUGGAGGAUCCUAUUGAUCCACAGAAAGAAUUGGUGGAGCCGGCAGUGAAAGGCACUCUUAAUGUUCUUGAGGCUGCGAAGAAACUUGGGGUACGGCGCGUUGUUCUUACUUCUUCUAUUUCGGCUCUUGUUCCCAACCCUGGCUGGCCAUCCGACAAGCCAUUUGAUGAAUCGUCGUGGACAGACCUGGAGUACUGCAAAUCGCGAAAGAAAUGGUAUCCAGUGUCAAAAACAUUAGCAGAGAAAGCAGCAUGGGAGUUUGAAGAGAAGCAUGGAAUGGAUGUAGUUUCCAUCCUGCCUGCCACAUGUCUUGGUCCUCUUCUGCAACCAAAUUUGAAUGCAAGUUGUGCUGUGUUGCAGCAGUUGCUCCAAGGAUCAAAGGACAGUCAGGAGUAUCACUGGUUGGGCGCUGUGCAUGUCAAAGAUAUUGCAAAAGCACAAGUAUUGUUGUUCGAGUCUCCCACUGCUUCUGGUAGAUAUCUCUGCACCAAUGGUAUCUAUCAAUUUGCCGAUUUUGCCGACGAAGUCUCGAAAAUCUACCCUGAAUUUCCUGUUCACAGAUUUGUGGGAGAAACACAACCCCACUUGGUUGCCUGCAAAGAUGCAGCCAAGAGGUUGAUUGAUCUGGGACUUAUCUUCACCCCUCUUGAAGUUGCAAUUCGAGAUACGGUUGAGAGCCUUAGAAGCAAAGGUUUUCUGAAGCAGUGAGUAAAAUAAUCAUAGUAGCUUUUAUUCCUUUUAAUAUUCCUCCUAAAGUAUUUGAAUGCAAAUUGAUAUAUAAGUUUAUCCAUGUCAUGAAUAAAGUAGAUCUAUAGCUUGUAGAACUGCUAUGCUCUUGGUUAUUUAGAAGUAGACACAUAAUAUGGUUGGAGACUCUUAUCUUUCUGCUA